AUGACCAGCAGGAGCCAGCAAGGUCACACAGAUUUGAGCAGUUUAAGUCCUGAACUGAAUUACCAUGAUGAUGUUGAUCUGGUCUCUGCCUAUUGGAACACUCUCACAACUUUAUCCACUAGUCUCAUACUGCUUGGCCUUGCUCUGCUGCUGGAUUACUGGAAGCAAAGGAAGAGAUGCAGCCGCUGCCCACCAGGACCCACCCCUCUGCCUUUCAUUGGAAACUUGCUGUGGCUUGAUACAAAAAAUCCAGUUAAGUCUCUCAUAAAGUUGCAAAAGAAAUUUGGACCAGUCUGUUCAGUUCAGGCUGGAUGGCAACGUUUUGUUAUACUCAGUGGGUUCAAGACAAUCAAAGAGGCACUGGGACCUAAAGCGGAGAACUUCAUGGAGAGGCCACCAAUCCCACUGUCGUGUAUGAUAGGUCGUACAAAGAUGUGUGAAGGAAUCAUCAUGGCAACAUUAAACAAUGGCUGGAGGGAACAAAGGAGAUUUUGUGUCUCCACCCUUAAAAACUUUGGUGUGGGGAAGAAAACACUUGAAAAGCGAGUAUGUGAGGAAGCUUGGUAUUUGUGCUCUGAGUUUAAAUCUAAAGAAGGCUCUCCUUUUGACCCCCGAAUCCUAAUCAACAGGGCAGUUGGUAAUAUUAUAAUGUCACUAAUAGUUGGUGAUCGCUAUGACUACCAAGAUAAAACCUUCCUGAAAUUUAUCCAUUUGAUUGAAGAGAUCUUGAAGGGACUAACCAGAAUCUUGCCCCAGCUUGCGGUUGCAGGAUCCUGGUUUUCCUACAUUCCUGGACCUCAUCAGAAAGUUAAGAAACACUUUCACGAUUUCAAUGUUAUCCUAAAGGAAAUUGUAAAGGAACACAAACAAACCAGAGAUCCCACCUUUUCCAGAGAUAUCAUUGAUGCAUUCUUGGAGGAGAUAGAAAAGUCUAAAGGGAAUCUAGAGACCAGUUUCAAUGAAGAAAACCUUAUUCAUGUUUUUUUUGACCUGCUUGGGGCAGGCACUGAAACCACAUCUUCCACCCUACUCUGGGGGCUUCUAAAGAUAGUCCUCCAUCCUGAGGUUCAACAAAAAGUCCAUGAAGAAAUUGAUACAGUAAUUGGCAGAGUAAAAUCACCCACAAUGGAGGAUCAGUCAAAACUACCUUAUACAUCUGCCGUGAUCCAUGAAAUUCAGCGUUGGGCUGACAUAGCACCGCUUACACCUCCUUAUAUAACACGCAGAGACACUGAAGUGGGCAAGUUCAUCAUUCCUAAGGACACUAUAAUCCUGAAUAAUUUGUCUUCUGUACUGAAGGAUGAAACUGUGUGGGAGAAACCCUAUGAAUUUUACCCAGAGCACUUCCUGGAUGCAAAUGGACAGUUUAUUAAACGAGAAGCCUUCCUGCCCUUCUCUGCAGGUCGUCGUGCCUGCCCUGGGGAUCAGUUAGCUAAAAUGGAUCUCUUCAUCUUCUUCACCAGCCUUCUGCAACAUUUCACCUUUUGUAUUCCUGAAAACUCUCCCAGACCCACAGAGGAAAGAGUAUAUUCAAUGACAGUGACUCCAGCCCCAUUCCAGAUCUGUGCCAUUCCUAGAUAA